AUGGGCGUCGUCAAGGACGCCAAGAUCGCGCGCAAGUGCGCGAAGAAGCUGCUGGCGAAGCUCGGACGUGAGCCGACGCAGGCGGAGAUCGCGAAAGCCGUGGAGAAGAAGAAGGCGAAGAAGGGCAAAGCAGCGCCGGACGCGGCGGCGCACGGCGACGCCACGCCGACCGCCGCGGCGCCGCCGCCGGCGUCGGCGUCCGGCGCGGCCUACCUCGCGGAGCACGCCGUCGCGUGCACGCGCGACGGCGCGCCGGCCGCGGCCGUCGAGCCCGUCGUCGCGUUCGCCGGCGCCGCGGCCCUCUUCGGCGGCGACGUCGCGGCGCGGCUCGGCGCGGCCUUCGCCGCGCCGACGCCCGUGCAGGCCGUGGCCUGGCCCGCGGCGUGCGGCGGCGGCGACGUCGUCGCGCUCGCGAAGACGGGCAGCGGCAAGACGCUCGCGUACCUGCUGCCCGCGUUCCGCGCGGCGGCCGCGGCGCCUGCCGGGUCCCUGGCCGUCGUCGUGCUCGCGCCGACGCGCGAGCUCGCGAUCCAGAUCGGCGCCGACGCGGCGGCCUGGGGCGGGCGGAUGGAGACCGUCGUCGUCUACGGCGGCGCGGACCGGCGGGGGCAGCAGCGGGAGCUCCGGGCGAAGCGGCCGUCCUGCGUCGUCGCGACGCCGGGGCGGUUGAAGGACUUCGUCGACGACCGGUCGCUGGACCUGGCCGCCGUGGCCUGCGUCGUCCUCGACGAGGCGGACCGCAUGCUCGACAUGGGCUUCGAGCCGCAGCUCGCGGCGAUCGUCGACGCCAUGGACGGGGGCGCCGACGUCGAGCGCCAGACGCUCUUCUUCUCCGCGACCUGGCCCGCGGGCGUGCGCAAGCUCGCGUCGAAGUACGCCCGGGGCGCGGCCGGGCCGCCGCUCGUCGUGUCCAUCGGCGGCGCGCUGGGCGACGGCGACGGCUCGGGCCUCCGCGCGAACGCGGCGAUCGGCCAGUCCUUCUUCAAGCUCGACGACUCGGAGAAGGACGAGCAGCUCGCGAAGCUCAUCGACGGCAUGGCCGACAGCGACCGCAUGAUCUGCUUCACGAACACGAAGCGCCGCGUCGACUACCUCGCGAAGUCGCUCUGGGCCGACGGCUUCGGCGCGUCGGCCAUCCACGGCGGCCGGUCCCAGGCGGAGCGCGAGGAGGCGCUGCGCAAGUUCAAGACCAACGAGUGGCCCCUCAUGUUCGCCACGGACGUCGCCGCGCGCGGCCUCGACCUGCCGGACGUGUCCGUCGUCGUCAACUUCGACAUGCCGCGCGACGUGGAGCAGUACGUCCACCGCAUCGGCCGCACGGGCCGCGCGGGCAAGUCGGGCCGCUCCGUGACCUUCUGGAACCCGGCCUACGACACGGAGUGCGCCGGCGCGCUCGCGAAGAUCGCCAGGGACGCGGGCCAGCCCGUGCCCGACUGGCUCGACGCCGUCGCCGCCAAGGGCAAGGCGGGCAAGAACUGGGCCGUUUAA